GCUCCAUAUCACUUUGUUUCCCUCGGUUGCUUGAUUCUCUUUCUUCCUUUCUGAACCUCGACUUUUCGAGACUUUUCGUUCUACUUCUCAAGUCAAAUUUUGGAGAGUAGUAGAAGAAAAGAGACAAUAGCCCUUGCUUUCAUUCUUACUUCUCCAUACUAACAGAUCCGCAUCACCCCUGAAUAUCAACUUCCAGGAUAUUUAAAUCCACACAACGAACGAACACAUUCAAUUUCCUACUUAUGCGGCCGAUUUCGAUUUCUCUCAUUGAUUUGUACAGUUACAAUAACUUGACCUAAAACUCGACAAUUAUAAUACCCAUAUAUCAAUCCAUUUAAUCUGUUUUCUUCAAAGGUUUUCAACCCGCAUUGUUGUCAAGGGAUUUCUUUCCUCUUUAUCUCCUACACCAAAAGCAUACGUCAUCCCUGCGGUAAACAUAACGAGCAAAUUAUUUCAAUACAAAGGAAAAGAUUUGGAUACGGGGCUUUCUAUAGAUAUCUUGUAUCAAUACUUUGUUUAUAUAUCUGUCCGAAAUACUCUCUUUAAAGGGGGAAAAUUAAAAAAAAAAACCUUCAAUUGAGGGUUUCCAUCGUGUUUUGACGUCUGGCGUUUGAGUCGGAUUGGGCGGACGACAUUUAUACAAUCCAAAUAUGGCGACUACACCCCUUCCAGAUGGCGAACCGCAAUGGAAUAGUAAACCGCAAUUCAGAUUGCCGGGAUGGGCGGAACCAAUUAUGGUUGCUAGUAUCUUGUUUGGAUCUAUGGUACUGACGAGAAGACAUGGGUAUAAGAUAUUCGAUCGAAGGCGAAACACCUACGGAUUAUUGAGCGAGGAACCCGAUUCCGCACGCUCAUCCGAUGAUCUGUUAGCUCGGGACUACAUGAUUGGCAGCGGACGAGAUUCCGACGUCGAUUCGAUGUCGACGUCGAAGUAUCCCCCCAAGAAGAGAAGGUGCUGUGGCACGAAUCUCCUAACGCCGAAUACCUCGAGAUAUCGAGAUUACUACCACAGUCGAAUAUUACAGAAAUUUCCAUUUCUGAUCGAGAUGUUCUAUUGGAUUGUUACAUAUGCGUUCUAUCGAUGUACGAAAAUCCUCUCGCAAGCUAUGUUUUCCAAAAUGGGCAUCUGGGAUGUGGCUCAGGAUCAUGGGUUGGCGAUUUUGGAGUUCGAGGAGUUCUCAUGGAUGAGCUUUUUGUGGCCGGUGAGGGAACAGAGUGUACAGAAGUGGUUUUUGAAUGGUCAUGGGACGCUUUUGACCGUUCUAAAUCGUUCUUAUGCCUUGAUUCAUAUUCCUGGUACUGUUGGAUUCAUCGCGUUCUGGUACUAUGUGGCACCAUCCCAUACAACUUUCGCAACAGUCCGUCGAACCAUGACUCUGACCAAUCUUUUCGCCUUCUGCAUCUUUAUCCUCUACCCCUGUAUGCCACCACGUCUUCUUCCCCCCGAGUAUGGAUUCCUCGACAGCGUCGGUCGCAAUAACGCACAAUCUGUCUGGAUGCAAGGAAAUUACGUCAACUCGCUCGCUGCCAUGCCAUCCAUGCAUUUUGGAUAUUCAUUCUGCAUCGGCGUGACCUUAAUCUAUCAUUCUGGACUCUUCCGUCGAAAUCUCGAAACAGGCGAAAAACGCAAGAAUAAAUUCUGGGCGCUGUUUUAUGUUUUCCUGGGAAUCGCUUAUCCACUUUAUAUCCUGAUCACAAUUGUGGCGACGGCAAAUCAUUAUUAUCUCGAUGCAUUUGUGGCGUUCUUCGUGGCAAUCGCGGCAUAUCUGUGUAAUAGGAUAUUCCUCAUCUUGUUACCUGUGGAAGAUUUAUUGUUCUGGUGCUUGAGAUUGGAAAAGCCUAUUCCAACGACGGGAGAUAGAUUUAGGAGGAGAGUCAGUCGUUCUUAAGUCCAAUGGAUUUGGAAGAAAAGAGAGACAUUCUUUUACCUUCUGUAAUGGAGUCAUCAGCGACGAUGGAGAAAAUAAAGAAAGAGAUGGAUGGGCGUUUUUCUAGCAUUUUUCGGAUGGGCUGGGAUGGGAAGAAAGGAACUCUUCUGAGCGAGCAUAUUCAUGUAUAUGUUACUGUCACAUAUAUUUUGUCUGGUUUUUUAUACUCACCAUAUUGAGUAUUUUGGAUGGAUACCAGCAUGGCUUGAGGCCUCUAAAUAAACGGCGUAUUGGAAAUGGAAAGUUGGAGACUGAUUUGUAGCUUGAAUGAAGAGUUAUUGACUA